UUUAAUGGUUUCUGCCUCCCUUAGGCGCCCGGACCAGGGUUGGAACCCGCAACCUCUUGGUGCACAGGACGCCAAUCCAACCAGCCUAGCCACCGGGCCAGGGCACAGGUCACCUCUUUAUUGGUAGCCCGCUGGCCGGCAGGAGCCUUGGAGGGGGCGGCGGAGGCUCAGGAACGCCGGCAGAGGGCGCCCGCCGCUCCCAGGCCGCUUCUUUCCGACGCUCCACGGGCUGAGGGGCGGAGCGAUGAGAUCUCGCGAGACUCUCGCGCCGCCAGCGCCGGCGACCAUCAUGGCGGACACCCUGCAGCUGCAGAAGCAGAGACCCUUCCGCUCCACGUGGGCGCGAUCCCGCAAGGCCCGGCCCCAGCUCAUCCUCAGCCGCCGGCCCCGCCGCCGGCUCCGGCUCCUGCGCUGGGGCGGCCGGAGGCUCCUGCGGCGGCGGCUGCUGCAAGCCCAGGCGGCCGGCGCGGACUGGCGGGAGGGCAGCUGGCUGGUGUCGCGCUCGGCGGCUGCCCCGAGGCCCAAGACCGCGGUGCCCAGCCCGGUCCCUAGACCUGUCCCCAGCCCGACCUCCAGCCGGGCUUCCAGCCCGACCUCGGACGAGGACACCGCCCCGAGUUGCCCCGCGAAACUCCCCAUCCCGCCGCUGCGUCCGGCCGGCCCGGGCCGCGCGUUGCUGCUGCUGCCGCGGGAACAGGUUUUUACUUUUAGCGGGACCUGUCGCGUGACUUGCCUUUACGGCCAGGUGCAGGUGUUUGGUUUUACCAUUAGCCAAGGCCAGCCUUCCCAAGAUGUCUUCUCUACCUACACCCACUCUCGCCUGGCUCUCAGUGCUGUUCAUUACUCGGUGCCUGAGAAAAGCAAGAAGGAGAUGAAGAGAGAAGCCCGAACUCUGCUCAGAGCUCAUCUUAACCGGGAUGACAGGUGUUGGGUGAUGAAGAACUUUUCUCCUCUGUGCUCCAUUGUGAUGCUAGAAACCCUGAAAAACUCCGCUGUGAGCUUCAUUACCAGCCAUCCAGGCUUAUCUUACGUUUUCGAACAAGAGAGGACAACUUUCCAGAUUAACGCUGAGUAUUUCGCCAUGAGGUCUGUGGGCAUUAAAAAAGAGAAGAAAAAAAACGGCCUUCAGUUAACCGAGAGUGUCCUUUCGGCCCUGGAGGAGCUGGUCGGCGUCGCUUGUGAGGAAGCGGACGGCUGCCCCAUCAUUCUGGUCUGUGGCUCUCAGGACGUCGGGAAGUCCACCUUUAAUAGGCACCUGAUUAACCAGCUGUUGAACAGUAUUUCCUGCGUUGACUAUUUGGAAUGUGACCUGGGACAGACAGAACUUACUCCUCCAGGCUGUAUUUCUCUAUUUAAUAUCACAGAACCACUUCUAGGACCACCUUUCACCCACCAGAGGACACCACAGAAAAUGGUAUAUUUUGGGAAAUCUACUUGUAAAAACAACUAUGAGAAUUACAUUGAGAUCAUCAAGUAUGUGUUCAGCUCCUACAAGAGAGAGUCCCCUCUCAUCAUCAAUACAAUGGGCUGGGUGACAGAUCAGGGCCUUUUGCUCCUCGUCGAUCUGAUCCGCUUGCUGUCCCCCAGCCACGUGGUUCAGUUCAGUUCUGGCCGGAGCAGAUUCAUGCCGCAACUCACCCCCAGCUACGUCGACGACAUGGACGGCUUGUACACAAAGAGCAAGGCCAAGGUCAGAGACCGAGGCUUCUACCUGCCAGAGUUUGCAGACAGUUUGGAAUUUGGUGACGAAGAAAAGGAGAGUCCGGUGGCGUUUUCUGGACAUAAGCUGAUGUGCGUCCAGUCGGACUUUGCGUUUAGAAAAACUCCAAGAAAUCGAGAGUCGCAUAACAGAGUUCUUCGGGACUUGGCCUUGUUGGGUUACCUUGGCCAGCUGCAUCCCCCCCCGCCGAAACCGCUGCAUCCCCUGCACAGCCUGACCCCCUAUCAGGUCCCUUUCAGUGCCGUCGCCCUCCGGGUCAUCCACUCUGAUGUCGCCCCUACCCAUGUCCUGUACGCGGUGAACGCCAGCUGGGUCGGCCUUUGCAAGAUCCUGGACGAUGUGGGAGGAUACACAGAGGGGCCCGUCCUGCUCACGCAGACUCCGAUCUGUGAUUGUUUGGGCUUCGGGAUCUGCAGGGGGAUCGACAUGGAGAAGCGGCUUUACCACAUCCUCACGCCUGUGCCCCCGGAAGAACUAAGAAAUGUGAAUUGUCUGCUGGUCGGAGCCAUUUCCAUUCCACAGUGUGUCCUCAAGAGCCAGCAUGGGUUCGAGGGGACGAUUCCUUACGUCACAACAGAUUAUGACAUUAAACUUCCUGGAGCGUCAGGGAAAAUUGGAGCAAGAGAAGCUGAGGAGACGUAUAGAAAGAGACAACACCCAAAAGCUAGGUUCUAUCGAAAGGCACACUGACGUUUCUAACGAGCGAGGAAGCCUGACUCUGUCUCCGGCCUGACGGCAGCGGACUGGUGGGCUCUGCGCUGUGAAUGCGCCCUGGCGAGCAGCGUUUGCUCCACAGCUCGUGGGAGUCAUAUCCACUUAGUCCCUUCUUAAGCUCCGUGACCUCGCUUUGCCCUCACCUGCUGUGUGGUCCAUCAGACACGAUGCUUUAUUUUCUAAAGGGAGGAAGCAGCAGGGAAAAGAUACGCCAUUGAAACAAAGAACAAAGUUCUUCAAGAAUCUGGUUGUUGGAAUCUGGGUGAAAAUAGGGAGACAAGGGCCCCAAAAGAUGAACCAAGGAGGAAGGCAGGCUGGCCAGCGGGAUCCGAGCGUAACAGGAUGUGGGGACGCACCUCGGCCCUUGCCCACCUGUGAUGGCCGGCCGGGGUCGGGACCCUCUGGUGGUCGUUCCCAUCCCCCGAUCACGUGAUUCCCAUCCUCUUCCAUUCCUGCGGGACAAGUAUUAAAGAUCGUGUUUCAUCUUUAAAUGUAAUCAAGGUUUAACAGAUGGAGGUUUGGACUCGAGAAGCCUUUUUCUCUUUUUAAUCCACUGGUUUUAUGCUGAAGAAAAGCUUGCUCUCAAAUCCAGGCGCCUCUCGGUUUUGCCCUGAUUGGCUCCUCCUCUGAGACCGAGCCUGGGCAGAGCGGUCUGGGGGAGGCCUGGCAGGGCAGCUCUGAGAAGGGCCCAUUCCUGCCAUUGGCGGCUGGACCUGAACUUGAACACGCGGACAGCUCUGGGCUGUUGAGUGCGGGAGCUGGUGAUGGUGCCAUUCUCCCAGGCGAAGUCUGUCCUCUUCUCCCUGGUGCUCACGAGUCCUUACCCCCGAGGUGGGUGGUUUUGGGGGGCAGAGAGGAGCCAUCUGGGUCACACCAUUUCUGCGCUGAGGAGAGCGGGACAGGAACUGAGGCAGCAUUUCCAACUUCCUGUGAACGUCACUUCCUGGUGGAGCAUGUUGGAGGAGGUCCCCAGGAUUCGCAGGUUUUACCAUCUUCUCCAUUGAAAUCGCUGAUGAGCUGCCUUGAAGCUCUCAGAGACCCUCAGCGUGCACAUUCUCCCGGGAGCCUUGUCCCACCGGGUGAAUUUUUGGAUUCGGGAGACCAUUUAAGGUCUAACUUCUUCAUUGCCUCUUAUUUAUACUUAAGUUUACCAUGGACACGUUUUUCUGUUUUGACUUUGCAAGUAACUGUGAGACAAUCCACCACCGUCGGCUGUUGCCUCCUCCCCCAGCCCUGCAUCUCCGUGACAGUCACUGCCUUUUCAGGACUCCAGGCUGCCUUCGCCUCCCCUCUGGCUGGCGUUGAAGGACUCGGUCCUCCAGGCCCCUCUGGAAGGAAGGCUGACAGGGCCACUAGAGGGAGUUGUCGGCCAUGGUCCGAGGGCCAGACCCUCCAGGUCCCUGGCUCUGGUCAGGCCGGCUCUGGAUGUCCAUUUGCUUACCGAUGUCGGUGGUUUGGGCUUGUUAUUUCUAGUCGGUUGUGGUUCAGGGUGUGUAGGAAUGAGUCUGCAUUGAGUUAUUCUUAAUCAUCGGUGUGUGAUUUCCAAAGUAGUACAUGCUUAUUCUAGGGUUUGUUUUAUUUUAUAAACAGACAGCUCAGUGUUCCCUCCUGACCCUGCUAGUCCUGGGGGUAGGCGUCCGUGUACGCUCAGGCCCCGGUCUGGAAACGAGAUUAGAGCGGGGGAGGGACAGCGACGCACCCUUCAGGUGCCUUGGAUUAGGAUUUUCCAGAGAUGGGACCCUGGAAGUGGCUCGUGGGGGAGGACGGGGGGUGGGAGGUCCCAGGUGGAGCAGAGGCCCCGCCUCCUCCACUGGGCCCUUUGACAGGUGGUACCCCCGCCGGACACUCGGCUGUCCGCCUGACGGGGCGCGGCGCGACGAUGUGGGUACAGGGCUCCUGUUAUAAAAGUGCUGAGUUUUUAAUGGAUUGGUAGAGGCUGUUUAGGUUUGGAUGUGCAGUGUCGUGGUAAGAGCAGGCUGUGAUGGUAGAGCUCCGGGUUCAAACCCUGGCUGGACCGCUGGCUCCAUGAGGCUGUGAGGGAGACAUUCACUGGAGCCCGUUCCCCCUUUAAGAUGGGAGGGAAGCUUUCCCCUGGGGUCCCUGCCUGCGCAGCGCUGAGGCCGGGCCCUCAGAGGCGAGCAGUGACUGCGUGCGGCCGUCUGGAAGGCGGGGGCCAAGACCGGAUUGUCCGCAGUCACACCGGGACGAAGCAGAAACUCAGCGUAGGAAUCAGAAACCUCUUACCUGGCCCCCCUCCAGCAGGUUCACCUUAAAACCGAUCUUCCGGCCACGGGUCCCGCUAAAGAGCUCCCCCGAAGGACCCCCUUCCUGGGAGUUUUUCCUAAACCUCCGUUUAGUGCUUUUGAACUUGGAUGACAGUUCACGCAUUUAGAACAUGCUCCAGUCCACUGCACGGAGAAUCACUGUUGGUGCCAUGACGCUGCCUCGUCUGGCACCUUCUAAAUGGUGUUUGGCAUUUGUACCCCGUUGGUGUCCUGUACGUGUGGUUUUCUGUCCGGCUCUUCUCACUUACGUCUCUUUUGUAUCAUUAAAUGUUUUUGAGGACAUGAA